GAGGAAACCUGCACCCCUCCAGCUGAAUGGGUUCUCUUCACAGGAGUCUUUAGCUGUAGAUGAAGGGAAAGGCUCACUUUACUCAGAAGAACAACUCGUCUUGUAUUCUUUUUUUUUUCUCAACUUGUUUGAGAUUUGAUUGUUUUUGGAUAAGUAAGAAUAAAACGUACUAAACCAUCAUGGGGUGAAUCUGACAUGUGAUGAUGAGGACGUUAUUCUGGUGAUGAAGGAGCGUCGUCAGAAAACUCAGUACAGAUUUCACCAUGGUGAAGGAGUCCUUGCCCAGCUGGAUCCAUCAGGACUCUGAAGAGGGUCUUGUCCAUGUGAAUGUCGGUGGUCUGAAGAGGAGCCUCUGCUCCAGCACACUGAAGAAAUUCCCAGACACCAGGUUGGGAAAAUUACUGGCGUGUGAUUCAGAGGAAGACAUACUGCAGGUGUGUGAUGACUAUGACGUACAGGAGAAAGAGUUUUACUUUGACAGAAAUCCAGGUCUGUUCCCUUAUGUCCUCCACUUUUAUCAGACUGGCAAACUUCAUGUGAUGGAGGAACUCUGUGUGUUCUCCUUCAGUCAAGAGAUAGAGUAUUGGGGCAUCAAUGAGUUCUUCCUGGACACCUGCUGUAGUUAUCGUUACCAUGACCGCAAGCUGGAGAGAGGUCAACACCGCAGUUGGGAUGAUGAGAGUGACGUCAGCAGUGUCGACACGUCUGUGGACGAGAUUUCUGAUUUAAACAAAGACAUGCAGCAUUUCCAGGAGGUUCGCUACGGGAACAUCAAGAAAUGUUUGUGGCUUACACUGGAGAACCCGGGAUACUCCAUCCCGAGUAAGCUCUUCAGUCUGCUCUCCAUCGGAGUGGUGCUCACAUCUAUUGCCACUAUGUGCAUUAACAGCAUCCCAGAGUAUCAGACUUUUGACUCAGAUGGAAAGCUGAUCGAAGAUAAAACUACCCAGGCUCUUGAGGUGUUCUGUACCUGCUGGUUCACCUUUGAGGUUGUGACGCGGCUGCUGCUCGCUCCAAACAGGAAGAAGUUCUUCCAUCACCCACUCAACAUUAUCGACCUGGUGUCAGUAGUUCCCAUCUACAUCACCCUGAUCUUUGACUUGACCGUGGGAUCUGAGUCUGAACUGGGAGACCUGGGGCGACUAAUACAGGUGUUCAGGUUAAUGAGGAUCUUUAGAGUAUUGAAGUUGGCCCGACACUCCACAGGUCUGCGCUCUCUGGGAGCAACACUUCGGCACAGUUACCGUGAAGUGGGAAUACUGCUACUAUACCUGGGUGUCGGCGUGUCCGUCUUUUCUGGGAUUGCUUACACCGCUGAAUGUGAAGAGGAUGUAGGCUUGGACACAAUCCCGGCCUGCUGGUGGUGGGGAACUGUCAGCAUGACCACGGUGGGUUACGGAGACGUAGUGCCUGUCACAGUCGCCGGAAAGCUAGCAGCCAGUGGAUGCAUCCUGGGUGGCACUCUGGUGGUGGCUCUGCCCAUCACUAUCAUCUUCAACAAGUUCUCCCAUUUUUACCGCCGGCAGAAAGCUUUGGAGGCGUCGGUGAGGAACAACAACAACCGCAAGAAGAUCAAAGUGAGCUGCGAGAAUGAGCUGGAAGAGGAUGCGGAAUCGGAUGGGGACAAUCGCUACCUGGACGAUGAUGAUAUUGAUGACAUUGAGGAAGAUGACAUUGAUUUUGAGGAUGAAGGAGGGGUGAUAAACUACAGCUAUGUGGAGCAUCUGUCUUACCCAUCGACAUUGAGAAAGCAGGAGCUGUAUCAGCUGUAAGGUCUGAAACUUUAUGCCAAGUAAUGUCAACUUAAACGUAAUGGACUUGAUACACCAUGGGAACAUUAACUGACCCUGCUUUGCUUAGAUUGAGGUUUUAGGAUCAAUAAGGUGAUGGAGACAGGUUGUAAGAGGGGAUCACACAAGCUUUUUGGGUCUUCCAUGAAUUAUUGUACUUUUCUGCCACUGAAUGUGCAUGUGGGCUGUUUCAGGACUGAACUUUUGUUCAUUGGAUUUGUAGCUCUGCUUGUGGAAAAUUGAAAAAAAAGAAAAACAACAAAACAAAAAAAACAAACAAAGGACAAUGGCACACAAUAUCAACGUCAAUGCCUACACAGAACUGAAUGUAUGAGAAAAAGCAUGCUGACCUGUAAUGUAAAUAAAAAAUACCAUAGAAAUCUUUUUUGCUCUUGGCUCUAAAGCUACAGCUAGUAGUCGUUAGAUUUGUUAAAGUUAAACCAGCUAACCUCGCCUCAGAGAGAAAUUACAGAGCAGAAAAUCCAAAUAAAGAUAGAUAUACAUUAAGAAAACUAAAAAAUACUGAAUGCAUGAAGAUUCAACAUUUUCAAUUAUAUGCUUUGCACAAAAGCAAGCACAGUUGUUUGAUUAUUUUUUUGCUGUUGCAAACCUUCUAGACUUUAAAUCUUUUACUGCUGUGAAAGCUGUUUAUUCAGUUUAAAUGGUGCCACGUUUGUAAGGAAAACACAUUGCCUUGAGCAGCAGAGCUGAGAAUGUGGGUUGUUCCCAUAAAAAAAAAAUUGGCAAAUCGUUUGUGCUACCAACUCUUAUUUUGUACGACUUACUACUUUAAAUGAAGAAACAAGACAAUUGGCUAUUUGACAAUUUAUUUACUUAAAGGGGGAGUAAUGUGUAUUUUCUAAGUACAUUCUGCCAUUUUAUAGCACAAUUAAGUAACUACGUUACCGUCAGGUGUUAUAAAAAUGCUGUGUAUAUCAAAUAAUGUGAAAGAAAUUUGACUCUGCAGUUUGAUGCCUUGAAAUUGUCCUCUCUGUAAGAAACUCAUGCUGCAGAUUUAAGGAUUUCUCAAACAUGUUGCAUGAAAGAAUUAAAUCAACACUCCCGGUAAGAUUUUUUUUUUAAAAAAAGAAGGAAUAACAUUAUUACAUAAUUUUAAGCUAAAAAAAAUUAUCUUACAGAAUAUCCUCCUUCAAACAGGGGCCACUACAGGGCGGGUUGGUAACACGCUGAUCUGGAAAAGGGGUUUUGGCUUUGGGACACACUCAACGUUUCUUAUGGGCACAACCUCCAUGACACACAAUAGACUUUCGUUACACUUGUGACAAAAUUUAAGACGAAAUGGACAGGAAAACCAUCAAAUGCAAUCUUUUUUUCAAAAUGAUUCAGCUAAUCUCUUUGUGUGAAAACUCUGCAUUAAAAGGAUUUGACUCUUAUUAGGUACUUAAUCCACCUGCAGGACACCCUAAAUUUACUGCCAGUGCUACACAGACACCACUAAAACAACUUGUGAACGUAAAAGAUCACCCAAAAUCAGCACUGAUAACAUAUUCUUCAAGUUUGCAUGUUAAAAACAAAUAUUGUUGAACUAUGUUAUUGUUGCAUUUUUAUUUUAAUUUAUGGUGUAUAGUUUUACAUUUCUAAUGCCAUACUUCUGUGUAUUCUGUGCUAUGUAAUUAAUAUAUUUCCUGUAUGUAAUUUUAGGAGGUCAUUUUGAAGAGUUUGCGGCAUGUUUUUAUUAAACUACCUCUUGCAUUAUACACAGCAGCUCUCUUUUCACCUCUGCAGAAAAUCCUUGUAGCAGAGCAGUGUGUUUUGGGAAUAGGGUUAUGGAGUGGUAAUGCUCUACUCCUGAAUGUGCUCUCUCUUCCUUAUGCCAACACUCCCUUUUACCCGAUGGCAGCUGCUCACCGAUAAGCCUGGAAGAAGGUUGUCGUCUUCAUUUUAAUAAAGUUUUCAUGAUUUGCUC